AUGAAUAAUUCUAUAUAUCAAGAAUAUAUAAAGGAUAUGAUUUUGACUACAUCUAAUUAUUUAUUAGAUGAUCAAAGACCUCAACAAGAUGAAACUAUUGUAUAUAUUUUUAAUAAUGAUAAUACAUUUGAAAUAUUGUCAUCCUUUACAAAAUAUAAUAUAAUUCAAGUUUCCUCUGGUUUAAAUCAUAUUUUAUUUUUAGCUGAUUUUGGUCAAAUAUUUUCUUAUGGUAAAGGAGAUUUUGGACAAUUAGGAUUAGGAGAUAUUAUUAAAUCAACUAAAGAACCAAUUUUAAUAGAAUCUUUAACAAAUAUUAAAAAAGUAGUAUGUGGUAAUUGUUAUUCUAUAGCUUUAGAUAAUAUGGGACAAAUAUAUAGAUGGGGAUUAUUAAAUAUAAAAAAAGAUCCUUAUUUUUAUCCUAUAAAAAUGUAUGAUAAUAUUCAACAUUUUAAUUGGAGUAAUAUUGUUAUAGAUAUGGAUGCAAAAGGAGAUAAAGCCUGUUUUGGUAUGAAUGAUGGAGUAAUAUUAUUAUGGAAUUCUGAUCAUGAUAAUUUAUGUAAGAUAGGAAUAUUAGAAAAUACAAAUAUUUUUAGAAUAUCAUUAGGUAAAUAUUUUUGUUUUAUAUUAGAUAAUAAACAUCAAUUAUAUGUUUGGGGUGAUAAUACAUAUGGUGAAUUUUUGGAUAAUAAUAUAAUUGAAAUUAAUAGAUUAAAAUAUCCAAAUUUCUAUAGAGUUAAUAUUGAAUCUUGGGGAUUUUCUACAAAAAGAGAUGAUUAUAUAUAUAAUAAUCAAGAUAAUUAUUCUAAAGAUUAUAUUAUUAAAGAUAUUUGUUGUGGUGAUAAACAUUCUUUAAUAUUAGAUUCAAAUAAUAUUAUAUGGUCAUUAGGUGAUAAUACAUAUGGACAAUGUGGUGUUCCUUUAGAAAUUAUCCCACCAGAUAAACCAAAAAUGGUUAUUCAAUAUAAACAGAAUAUAGGAAAUGUAAUUAUAGCUUGUGGAUGUAAAACAUCAGGUAUUGUUUCUCCAAUGGGUAAAUUAUUUACUUGUGGUAUUUUAUCUUGUAAUAUAUUAGGAAAUGAUGUAAAGUUACCUGGUAUUUCAAAAUAUUCACAAUAUGAUAUUUAUCCUAAUAAACUAAAAUUAGAAUAUUCAUUAUUACAUAAAAAUGUACAACUUGUAUGUUUUGGAGAACAUAAUAUGAUUGUUAUUGUUAAAUAA